CUCCAUCUUUGGCCUGUCAGGCUUACUUCCAGAGGCUACCUGCUAGAAAUAUUCAGCCUAUAUCUCCGAAUUCUUCUGUCUGCGGGCUCGCACUGCAUCGGUCUCGCGGUAUUAUCUGUAGCGGAGGAGCAGCAUGAAGCAAAAGAUGGUGAUCAGGGUGCACAUGACGUGCGACAAAUGCCGAUCCAAGGCAAUGGGGCUGGUUGCCUCGGUAUACGGAGUGGAGCGUGUGGAGAUACAAGGCGACGACAGGGACCAGCUGGCGGUGGUCGGCGACGGGGUGGACGCCGCCAACCUCACGGCCUGCCUGCGGAAGAAGGUCGGGAACGCGGAUCUCCUCACGGUGGAGGCGGUCGUCGCCGACCCGAAGCCGAAGCCAGCAUCGGAGACCGGCGAGGGCGAGGCUUGGUGUCCGCAGCAGUGGUAUCCCGGAUACCACUCCUGGCCGGCAGGGGCUUACUCCCACUGCUACCCGUACAGCAUGUAAUCGCUUGUAUAUCUGCGGCAUUAUCGAACUGAUCCUGUGAUCCAUCCAUGUAAUGAUUCCCAGAAAAAUACUGUAUUACCGAGUGUUUUUGAUAGGUUCGUCAAGGAAUCCAUUUGAUUCUUAUACAAAGUCUGAACAGAGCAUAGUUUACAACAGACUAUCAAGUAGUAUAAACAUGUGCAGAUAACAGCGAAGGCAAUAAUAACGGAA